ACACGUUCCAGUCUCUUCUGUCGUUCACUCUGAACCUGACCAGUGCUCUGUUUGACAGUGCCUAUGAGCCCCUCUCCCAGGACUCUCGCCCCCUGGUGGCAGACCUCUUCUCCGUCCUCUCUCUCUUCCUGGGAGGAGACGGCAACACCUCCAUGGAGCACUCCGUGCACCGCUUCUAUGACGACCUCUUCCCACUGGUGUACCGGCGCCUUGUCAACCCUGGCCUGGCCUCGGCCCCGCCCUCCUCUGAGCACAGUGAGUGUCUGCGCAAGACGCGCCAGGAUGUCAACCCGUUUGGGCCCCACCCCCGUGCCCUGGCCGAGGGGCUGACCCGGGCUCUGAGCACAGGGCGGGCACUGAGCCGGGCGCUGAUGAUGGGGGCAGAGGUACUGAACGCCACAGAGCGGGCAGGGCUGGCCAGGGAGUGUGGGCGGGCUCUGGUGAGGAUGCAGUACUGCCCCCACUGCAGGGGCCUGACCCUGAUCCGACCGUGUGAAGGACUAUGUCUUAAUGUAAUGCGGGGUUGCCUGGUGGGGCUCUCGGAGCUAGACGGGCCCUGGAGGCACUAUGUGGCCCUGCUGCAGGAGCUGACGGGUGCCCUGGCCGGGGGCCACGAUCUGGAGCUGGCCCUGCUGGGCAUCAGGAACCACAUCAAUGACGCCAUCCUGCACGCACAGCUGCACGGGCCACGCAUCAGCGCCAUCGUUGAUAAAGUAUGUGGGCCUCUCACAGACACUCCGUCAGUGACAAGUAUACGUCCCACCCUGGAGGUCAUGACCUCCGUGACCACCUCCCCGACCUCGGUGGCCUCAACGCCCUCCCCAGCCGAGGUCACACUGGGCCGCUUGUCGCAUACCAGGAGGUCCUUACCUCUGAAACCAUCCAAGAUUGAUAAGCCUCGAAGUCUGAAAAAGAUCUCUAGAGAGUUUAUGGGUUAUAUUCAGCGCUACAGGUCCUUCUUCUCUGCCCUGCCGGAGACACUGUGUGAGAGUGAGAUGGUCGGGGAGGACUUCACAUGCUGGAGUGGGGAGGACGUGGUGGAGAGUUAUGUGGGCCGUGUUGUGGGAAACGGCCUUCAGGCCCAGAAAAACAACCCAGAGAUUAAGGUCCGCAGCAUUGACCCCAUCCUAGUGGCAGCUAGAGACAAACUAGAACAGUUCAAACAGGAGAUGCAGGGUCAGAUGGGCUGGGCGACAGAAUGGGGGGCGUGGGUGGAGACGGGCAGUGGGACGAGAGGCGAGGCCAGCGGAGAGUGUGACGAUGAGGACGGAUGUCAGGGAUCUGGAGAGGAAGACUUUACUGAUGAGAAUGAGAGAGUGGACGUGGCCACUGCUGGUGUUCCACUGGGGAAGAGCCCAGGAGCCAGGGAGCCCCCACACCAGGUCCCUACCAUUCAACCCCCUCCACAGGUAGCUGUGAAAGCUGCGGGCCACACCCCAACACACCACCCAGCUAUCACCAUCACCCUCAUCACCCUUCUGUUUGCCUUGGGGUUACCAUGACACCAACUCUGAGACCCCCUUCCCCUCCGCUGAUGAUGCCACUGAGCACUGGAGAGAGGUGGGGAGCAUUCUCAAGAAGGAAAAGCAGGAAGAGGAGGAUGAGAAGGAGGACAAGAAGACGUGCUCGCCAGCCAACCUGCGGCUUUUCCCCAGCUGCUCUCUGUUAGUUGGCGGGAGCUGGACUGCAUGGCUGUGUUUGUGCGAUGUAGGAUGUCUGCAUUUCUCUCUCUCUCCCUUGCUGCCUUUACCUCUGCUUUGUCCUCACUGCCUCCUCCUUUCUGGUUCACUGAACUGCCUGGUCAGUUGACCGUCAGAUGUGGUCAGCUAUAUAUCCCACUACUCGCUUGGUUCUCCUGUGGUCCCUAGGUUUAGGUCAUGAACAGUAAAGUUCAGAAACAGUGCUGAACUUAAGAAUGUAAUCAGGCCCAACACAGACAUCUCUCCUCACCUGUCCACACCCAAAGCCAACUGCCAUGUUCUCUGGGCUCUCUCUAUUUGUUACUUAGUUUGCGUUUGAUUAUGCCUUCUGUCAAUAGUCAUCGAGCACACUGUACAUGUUUUAUAUGGUCCCAUGUGGGACUUUGAUUGUGUCCUUGUUUGUUUGUAUGCCUUUAUUUACCUAUACUUAUGUCUACAUGUGGGUUUCUUUACCAUAUCAUCUACUGUAACAACAUAUAAUGGCUUGUACAGUACUAGAACUGAUCUAUUGGACAAAUGUAAAUACACAUUUAUGUAAAUAUACAGUUUGUACUGUAUAAGGGUAGGAUAACAAGGGCUUGAUUGGAGUUGUUGCUGUGGAAAUAGAGGAAUAAUAGGUUUUUGGAUACCUUUAUAUAAACUUCACCAAAUUAUUUUGCCCGUAUGUUUUGAUGGGCACCAAGCCGACCCUCAACAUAUGUUCCCACACACUGACAUCCUAGUUAACAUGCAUCCAUUGCACAAAGAUCACCUCUAUUAUAUUGGCAAGUGUAUAAAUGUAUAUAUCUGAAGUCACACACACAAUGUUCAUCUUUGGUUUUAAAUGUUACAUUUUCUUAGUAGAGAAAUGGCUAACUUUUUGAAGCUGGAAUCCUGAAUAGUGAAACUGUCACGUCUGUUUGCAGUAACUUCUUUGUUGUUGUAAUAUCGCAAACAACCAACAGUUUUUUUCCCUCAAACAUCAAUUUUUUUUUAUACCAGGUUACCCAACGCUCCUCACCUCCGCUUCGUCAACAAAAGAAAAACAAUAACAACGGCCGUGGGGUGGUCAGUGGUGCUGUUUCCCCUACUGCAGAUUCCAUCUUUAAAUGGAUGCUGCAAACACCUCCGUCCUGCAUGAAGUUCCAGGUUUAAAUUAACCAAGUGUGUUUUACCUAGCAAGGAAACAAUAGCUGCAUAUAAAGAGCCUUCAGCUCAAUAAAGACCCCCCAUGAACUCCAUGUCUAUCCAGGUGGCUUUGAGCUGUUGUCAGGAGACAGAGUGAGUGACAGGUCCAAUAUUCUGCUAUACUGGAUAGCAAUGCACCCUAUGCCUCACCUGUUAGUUCUGAAUGCCAGGUCCAGUAAUGUACCUCAUCAUUGCCGCUCCACUCCUUUGAAUGUCAAUGCUAAUUGGCCAAUCAGACCUUUUGAUAUGAGAUCUUGCUUUAGCCUCGUAAUUACUGUACCAGACUGAUUACCUCUGCGCUGAUUCCGUGGUAGUGAACCAUUCAUGUAAACUCGCAAGCCAGGUGGCUUGUGAGGCUAAUCUUUCUUUGCAACCCCUUUAAAAGGCCAGAAAUGUUCAUAAGCCAGGUGAGUGAUGACAGGACUGAUAUAUUAGACUGGCCCUUUAUCUGAAACGGAUGGAGACUUUGUAGACUCGCAUUGGCAUUUUAAUAAACAUAUAACAGUCAACCUGACCAUGA